GUUUCGACACUUCCUCCUACUCCGAUUUUUGGAAUCUGUGGAAACUACAAUUGUCUCUAAAAUCCCCCUGGCUGCACUAUAAGAGGAGACAGCAUGGAGGCACACAGACACAGCCAGCCUUGGAUCUUUCUCCAGAAUACAGGUGAACACACAGAUGACAACAAUGAUGAUGAGGUCGCUCUUCUUCUCGCUUUGCCUCCUGCUCGGCCUUGUGAGUAAGCCUGCGCUCACCUUAACGCUGCAGGACAACAAAUGCAGCAUUAGCGUCCACAUGCCAGAACUGCGCAGAUAUUACUCCGAAAUACGAUCAAAAGCGAUUAUAGAAGACACUGAGAUUGGAGUGAGGAUUCUGAGCAGAACAGCAAUGAAAGAUGUUCAGGAUGAUCAGGCAUGCUGUUUCCUGCGCCUGCUCCUGCGCUUCUAUGUGGAGAGAGUGUUCCGCAACUUUGCCUCCGAUCACCCACAGGAGCAACGUAGCUCCAGUGCCCUGGCCAAUGCUUUUGUCACCAUGAGACGGAAUAUAAACAGAUGUCACUGUCUCUGCAACGAGGACACGCACAUAGCAAUCGACUCUCUUGAGACGGAAUUUGACAAGCUGUCCACCGACAAGGCAGCGAUGAAGGCCGUAGCAGAGCUGGAUACGUUACUGGACUGGCUAGAUGAAGUGGACCAGGCAACAGCAACUGAAACAGCCCUAUAAUUAUGACUGCAAAGACCAAUUAACUGUGCCAUUUGACAUUUCUUGACUAAG